AUGUGUGCGGUCACCGAGUACCUCGAGAACGGCGACGUCGCGGCCUACUUGGCGGUCCAUCGGAACGUCGAGUUCGACGUCAAGAUUUCGAUCGGUCUCGGCGUGCUUAAUGCGGUCCAGUACCUCCACUCGCUGGACCCGCCCGUGAUCCACCGCGAUUUAAAGGGUCGGAACGUGCUCUUAAGCGACGCGCUGGACGCGAAACUGAGCGACUUUGGCAUUUCCCGUCAACGGAUCGCCGAUGAAACCAUGACGGUCGGGGUUGGCACGGCGUUCUGGACCGCGCCCGAAGUCCUCCUCGGCCUCAAGUACGAUGCGUCCGUCGAUGUCUACUCGUUCGGCGUCAUCAUGACCGAGCUCGACACGCAGCACGCACCGUACGCCGACAUCAAAGGCGUGCCCAGCAUGCACAUUGUGCAAAAGGUGACGGGCCAGGACGGCGCCGUGACGCCGUUGCGACCGACGCUGACACGUGACGCGCCUGCGUGGUUUGUGGCGACGGCCGCCGCGUGUUUGGACAGAGACCCGGCAAGGCGCCCAUCGAUCUCGGAGCUGCGCGAUCGGUUCGCUCAGGCACUUGGUGCGCUCCGCGCGGAUGCGCGAUGA